GACUGCUGCCCAGCACCAGGCAAGUAUGUCGAAGCCUUUUGUUCCCCUUAUCGUAGUCUAUCCACACUGCACCUUUCUUGCGUCGUCAUUCAUCACUGUCUUCAAGCACACCGAACCAAAGAACAGAGCACAACACCUUACACAACAAAAUUCUCCCCCUUCUUACAUAUAACAAUACCGCCGAACACUUCAGCUAGAACCACUUCAUUCCCACUGUUAUUCAGACAAGGACUACAACUACAGCUACAACUCAGCAGCAUAGUUUCGGAGAAUGUCCUCACAUCGCACCAAUGCCCCGCCGCGGAUGCAGGGCUUACAAGGCGCUGUGGGACGCAAUUGGCGCUCUGUAUCCCGCAAUGAUAGACAGGCCCCUGGAAACAUGGCUGGGACGCUGUUUUAUUCUGUCCCGACUAUCGACAAUGAGCCUGACGACUCAGACGGAGACCGACCAGGCGAGGACCUCCCAUUGCAUGAGUCCUACAUGCCCGACUAUGACUCUGAGGAUGACGAAUCAGACUCCAGCACACAGUCGCCGCCCAUGUCCCUCUUCCUCGACAGGCAUCCGCAGCCAGAAGCGCCUCCAUUGACACCGGCGGCGAUCUAUCUUGAUGUACCGCCACCAGUACCGUCAUCGAAAUCCAAAUCAAAGGCCAGUGGGACUCUUGGUGAACAGUUGCUGGAGCCCUCAGCUAUUCCUACAGGGCCAGUCGGAUGGACAUCAAUAUCGUACAAACGCAAUUUCAAGGAUCCAUUCUUCGCGGCCCUUUAUGUAUUCGCCCUGGCGGUCUACCUCAUACUCGGAAUCGUGUUGAUCUUCACGACAAGUUCAUCGUCGCUAGAAGGACAAAUUUACAAUGUUUUCUCCGUCAUGAAGUCAAGUGCAGGAAUGCUGACCUUUGUAGUCUUGGUUUCAGCUGCCUUGGGGACUUUGUGGUUGGUCACACUACGGUCGUUUACUAGACCGGUGGUGUGGGCGACGGUGCUGUCAGUCCCGUGUUUUGCAUUUGGGAUAUUUAUUUGGUCCAUGGUGUCAUCGUUCCAGGGACCCAGACGAGACAAUGGUGGACGGGAUCCUCAGGAUACAGGAUUGACUGUACUCUCAUUACUGCCCCUGGGUAUUGGAUCGCUGUUCCUGAGCGUCAUUUAUAUUCGACGCCAGUAUAUUGCGCGGACCACCGCCAUUAUCGAGCUCGCGUGCGAAAUACUGAAGGACAAUCCCGACAUGUUUUAUGUAUCAUUUGGCCUUAUGGCUGUUCAUGUGGUCUUUACGGCGAUCUGGCUACUGUUUUUCUCGCGAGUAUUUUUGAUCGGACAUGUCGAAUCAUCUGUGGGCGCAAAAAAAUGGGUUCUGGAAGACAACUUUUACCCUAUCGCCAUCUACUUCAUCUUCAUUUAUCUAUGGACUUCAGCAGUCUUGGGUAAUGUCCAGAGGGUUACAUUGGCGAAUGUCGUAUCCAAGUGGUAUUUCCACAGACAUGAACCAUUCGCUUACCACAGCUCAAAGAUCACGGAGCCUGCCCUUAUCAAUGCAACGACGACGUCAUUCGGAUCCGUUUGUCUAGGAGGACUUUUCAUUGCUGUUCUCCAGACGACCACGUUUCUGCUUAAGAAUCUGGCAAAGAGGCUGAACGACAGCACAUUUCCGCUUUUCGUGUUUGUCGUGACAUGCUGUCGGGUAGUCCAAGGUCUCGUAGAAAGCUUCAACAACUAUGCGUUGAUCUACGUUGGUAUCACAGGGGAGAGCUUGUUCGCUGCCGCAAGGUCGGCGAGCAAGAUUUUCCACCGAAACCUGCUGUGGGGAUUGUUGUCUGAUUUCUUGACGAAACUAAUUCUUUAUGUCUAUUCGACAUUAUUGUCAAUUCUAACGGGGUUCGCCGCCUUUGUUUUUGCCACCCAUGGCCUUAAGUCGCCAUACGGCUAUGUGAUCGGUAUCCUUGCAGGCAUCAUCCCGUACUAUGUCAACGGUUUCUUUACCCAUAUCAUGUCCAUCACAAUUGAUGCGACAUUCCUAUGCUAUGCAAUCGAUCUCGACACAAACACUUGCCAUUGCAACAAGGCCCACAGCGCGUUUGGCGGAUCCCAUUAAGAGCUGAAUAAACCGUCUUGGCCGCGGCUGAACAGAGGACUUGCAGUACAAAUAACAAAAUAAAUAAAAACAACAUGCAA